UUUAUUUAUAAGCGCAUUAAUAUUUAAUUCAAGUUUUGUAGAUAAAAAUAAAUGAUUAAUGAAAUUUUUAAUGACGAAAAUAACAUAGGUUCACUCUAAGGCAUUUAAGACAUCUAGCAUUAAAGGAAGUUAAAUAAAAAUAAGAGCACAUUUUGUAAAAAAAACAAAUGUAAAGCGAUGAAUUCUCAAAAAAAUGUUUAAAACUAAUUUUAAAAAGAAGGUUGCAAUAAUUGUAGUAAUAAUACUAGCCUAGAUUCUUAAAAUAGCGACAAUAUUAAUAUGAGCAAAUGUAAUAACGAUUUCAACUUAAGCGAUUCUCUUUCAAAAGCUUUUUUCAAUUUUUUUCCUGAAGGAGUUGCGUUUAUAGAUAGUUAAAUGAACCUGCUAUAUGCAAAUAACAGUGUGUAUAAGUUCUUUUAAUCUGAUUAAAGUGAUUUAUUAGAAAAGAUGUUUUAGCUUAAAAACUAGCUUUAAGUAGAUUAACUUUAAAAAUAAAAGAGUUAAAAAGCUCAGAACUUCAUUAUAAAUAAUAAUCUCAGAACAGAUCAGCAUAUUUAAACUCCUAAAAAUAACUUCCCAUUUAAAAUGAAGUCUUAUAAUAACAUAAUGCAACAUGAUAUGCCUCCAGUAUAUCGCAAGCUAUCUGCUAUUUCUACUAAAAAUAAUCCAAUUCAAAAUAAUAUAUACAUCCCUAGCUCACAUAGUCCUCCUUCCGUUGACUAAUAAGCUAAUUUACAGACAUAAAAAUUACAAAAACAGACUAGUUCAUUUAUAAAUUAACAAGUAUCUUAAAAUGGGAUUUAAUCAAAGAAUACAAUAAAUUAAUAAAGUAUUUCAUAGACCCCAAAUAACUAUGAUAACUCAUAAUAUUAUAGCUAAUUUGCUAAUUACAUUCUCCAAUCAAGCAAUAAUACUCCUAAUAAUGUGCGCUAAAAGAGUAAUACUACAUUACCCUUAAAUGGCCUAAAUCGUAAUACCUUUAAUAACUCUUUAUUUCAUAAUAAUGGAUCUAUUUAUUAAGCAGGUGGUAGCAAGAAAAAUAUUUAAGAAGAAAAUAUAAAUAUGAAUUUCAAUCCAAUUAACUAAUUUAAUACAUAUGAAGAAUGCUUAUUCACCAAUCAUUUCCCUGUUUAGGAUACAAACAGUCACAUAAAUAUUCAAAAGAAAUACUCUUUAUCAAAAGAUUUAAGUUAAGAAGUAGAAUUAAUUAUACAAUAAGCUAAUUUAUACAUACAACAAAAUACUAUUGAAUAAGAUUGUAUACUUGAUCAAUCUUUUUCAUUUACCUCUCGUAUCAUACUGAACGAGUAAUAAAAAUAAGAUUCGAACCAGUUUGGUUUUUUUAGUAGCUUCUAAAUAAAUCAAAAUAAUGCUAGUGUUAAUUUAAACAGAGAUAAUAAGGUAUCUAUCUAGGAAAAGUUAAUGAAAGAGGAAUCAUUUAAAUCUAAUACGUUAAAAAAAGAGCCCAGUCUACCACUACCGUAAAUUUAAACUAGCUUAUCAAAAAAUUUUAUGCACUAAAGAACAAGCACUACUCACAGUACUCUAAGUUAGCUAUAAAAUCAAAAUUAUCUGAACUAAAUUAUAUCUAUGCAGCUAAAUCACUAAAAGUCAGGUGAAUAAAGAUUAAAUCAUCAUCACUCAACAAAAAAUAAAGAAGAAAUUGAAUAUAAUAAUAUUUCUGAUAUAAAUUUACUGUAGCAAUCUGGGAGCUAUUAAAAUAAAAUAAAAUACAAUGCAUUUUCUUAAGAUAAGAUAAAGAAUCCAUAGUAUGUAUCUUCUCUAGAAUAAACUGAAUUAAAAGCUAUUAUUUCUUGCCAAGAAGGUGAAGAAGCUUAAUUUAAAAGUUAAUCAUCCAAAGAUAAUAAAAAAAUAAAUACAGAUGAUACAGCUACACUGGGGUUGAUUGAUUUUGACGAAGAAUUUCUUAACUCAGAAGAAAAUGAUAGCCAUCAAUUCCAGAGCUAAAAACUAAGUAAGAUGGGAUCUCCUAAUUCGCUUCUAAAUAACAAAAUAACUCAGUAAUCUAACAAUUAAACUUUUCCUGAUAAAAUCAAUACAAGUAGCAACAAUCUACAGACACAAAAAAGUAGUUGUAGCAUCAAUCUUAAUUAAUAAAAUAACAUAAUCUAAACUUAAUAGGCACAGUCUAAUUUCUAACCUAAAAAAUCUAAUCUUACAUAACAAUCUGCAUAAAAUUAAAAUCCAUAAUAAAAUUUUGUUUUUUUCAAACCAAAUUAGAGUUCUUAAGUAGAUUUUGCAAACUUAGAUCAGUAAAAUAACAAGCCUAUUCCAUCUAUAAAUUGGAUAAACACUAACAAUAAUACUAGCAAUAACAAUAAUUUAAAUUCAAGUUUUCUUAUUAAUAAUUAAUUAUGUAAUGGAAAUGCAAUCCCAAAUAAAAACUAGCUAUUUGGAUAAAAAGGUGAUUUGGUGUCCCCUGCUACAAACUUUACAUAAACAGAGAGCAGUCUUUUGCCUAUACUUGAAAAAUAACAAAAUAGUUAAAAUAAAAACCUGAUAAAUUAUAGAUAGCAAAAAAUUAAUGAAGAGGAUAUUAAUGACCAUCAAGGCUAGAAUUUAUUUAAGAAUUAAAGUAAUAUCAUUUCAUAUUAGUAGUAAUCUUUAACAAAAAUAAGCAGCCUCACAAAAAAAAGAAUGAGUUAUUUACAAAAAAAUCUAGAUUUUUAGAAUGGGGAAAAAACUAACAGAGAAAAAUAAGACAUAGAAUGGAGUGAUGAAGAUAUUAAUCGAAACACUAGAGAAGUUGACAUCACUAUAUUUACAUAUAUUCUAAACUAAUAACCUGUUAUACUGCUUUUAGUAAGAGAUGUCACACAUCGUUCAUAUAUUAAGCUACUUUAAGAUAUCAGCAAAAAGAAAUCAAAAAUGGUUUCUUUUGUAUCACACGAAUUAAGAACUCCAUUAAACAGCAUAAUUGCUAUGCUAGAGUCUAUGAAAAAUAAACCUGAUAUUGAUUAUAUAGAAACGGCACUUAUGAACUCAAAAUAUCUGUUAUGUAUCUCUAAUGACCUUCUAGACUUGGCUUAAAUUAAAGUCAACAAGUUCUAGAUUCGGAAAAAAACAUUCAAUCUAAAAGAGCUUAUUUUAGAGAUUCUAGAAAUGUUUUAAAUCCAAGCUGAAAGAUAGCAUAUUGAUUUGGUUAUAGACUAUCCAUAAGACAUGAGAUCGUUUAUUACAUCAGAUAAAAAUAGAGUCAGAUAAGUAUUAAUAAAUUUAAUUGGAAAUGCUUUUAAAUUCACUCUCACAGGAUCUAUCACAAUUAAAGUUUAAAUAAUAAAUAAUGUUCUAUUUUAAGUUCAUGUAAUUGAUACAGGUAUUGGAAUUAAAGAAACAGAUCUUAAUAAACUAUUCAAGACUUUUGGCAAACUAGAUGGUGAAGAGUCUGUUAAAUUAAAUGAGCAAGGUGUGGGCCUUGGUUUGGUUAUUUCAAAUAUGAUAGCUUUCUCUCUUUCAGAACAAAAAGAAGGAUUAACAGUCAAAAGUGAAUAUAGUAAAGGAACAAGUUUUCAAUUCAAAAUAUAAGACUGGAAUGCUGAGUAAUCCGAGAAAUCCUAGGAAGAGCUGAAAGCACAAAUCGUAGAAGAUGAAGAAGAAUAAAAAUUUAGCAAAAUAGCUGAAGAAAAUGAAGGAAAUAAUGUUAUUAAAAAUAUUUAAUAGUACAAUUCUUUCAUAGUAGGUAAAAACAAAUUUUCAGAAGAAUUGAGUCCACAAAAAGUCAAAUUUGGAAGUAAGGAAACUCAUAAAAUGUAAUCAUCCACAGAUUCUUAGAUUUCAUAAAAUAAAAGACCUUCUCGUCCUUUAUCACCUCUUAAAUAGUCUAACACAUUUGAAUAUAAAAAAGAAUCUGCAGAAAAGGAGAGAAGUACGAUUAGAUUGCUUACUGAUUUUUAGUAGUUAUGGAAAGAAAGACGGAGAUCUAAACUGUAACUCAUAAAAAUUAGUGGUAUUUAAGAUAUUACUAACUUAUAAGAUACUCCAAAAGUCUAAAUUGAUUACACCAAUCCUAAAAAUAAGCUCACUAAAAUUGCUACGUAAAUCAACAUAAAAGAAGAGUGGGGAUAAGUUCUUAUAGUAGAUGAUAAUAUGAACAACAUAGUUGCUAUGAAGUGCUUAUUGAGUGCUAUAUGUCCUGAAAUAAAAUGUAAUUAUGCUAUUAGAGGUUAAGGUGCAGAGGAUUUAGUUAGAAAUAGGUAUAUGCAACAGAAAGAUGAAGGAUAUGCAAUAAUUUUUAUGGACAUAGUUAUGCCAGAACAGGAUGGAAUAACAACAGGAGAAAAGAUAUAUCAAUAUUUAUAAGAAAAUAAUAUAACAAAUACAAAAAUAAUUGCUUGUAGUGGAUAUGAUGAUGAAUAAGAAAAAAGAAAAUGCUUGGAUGUAGGCAUGUCAGAUUAUUUAGUAAAACCUGUAUUCAAAGAUAAACUUACACAAGUAGUUUAAUAAUAUUUAAAAUAAUUCAUAAAGUGA